AGGGAGAACCCCGUGCAACGUUGGGACUUGGCAGCCCGCCUCCCCCUGCCCAAGGAUAUUUAAUUUGCCUCGGGAAUCGCUACUUCAGAGGGGAACUCGGGAGGGAAGGCGCGCGCGCCUGAAGGGCCAAGCUGGGACUCCUCGGUCGCCGCUGCGUCCCUGCACCGCACUUGACCAGGGGCGGCGAGGGAUGCAUCUAAGCUUCUUCUCGGCUGCAGAGACUCGGGGGAGACUUGGUCCUCUGAAGAUCGUGCCUGGACUCACCCUAGACACACUGCCUUCCCCUCUGGGCAUGAAACGCCCUUAAACUCGGGUCGGGCAGUCUUCCUUGGCGCAGCUACCUCGUCCUUCGGCUGCCCCUCCCCAGCGCCGGGAACAGCAAGGAUUUCGGAAUCAGGGUUUCUGCCUUCCUCCAGCCCGGAGUGCAUGUGCGGGGCCGCAUCGAGAAGCCUCCCCUCACCCAGUUUUUCGGCACCUCCCUCUGCUCCGCAGCAGCAUGGCGAGCCCUCCGGAUACCGAUGGCUUCUCCGACGUGCGCAAGGUGGGCUACCUGCGCAAGCCCAAGAGUAUGCACAAGCGCUUUUUCGUGCUGCGGGCAGCCAGCGAGGCCGGGGGCCCGGCGCGCCUGGAGUACUAUGAGAACGAGAAGAAGUGGCGGCACAAGUCGAGCGCCCCCAAACGCUCGAUCCCCCUCGAGAGCUGUUUCAACAUCAACAAGCGGGCUGACUCCAAGAACAAGCACCUGGUGGCUCUCUACACCCGAGACGAACACUUUGCCAUUGCAGCAGAUAGCGAGGCUGAGCAAGACAGCUGGUACCAGGCUCUUCUGCAGCUGCAUAAUCGAGCAAAGGCCCAUCAUGACGGGGCUGGAGGCUGCGGUGGUAGUUGCAGCGGCAGCUCCGGCGUCGGAGAGGCAGGGGAGGACUUGAGCUAUGACACGGGCCCAGGACCUGCGUUCAAGGAGGUCUGGCAGGUUAUCCUGAAACCCAAAGGCCUGGGUCAGACAAAGAACCUGAUUGGCAUCUACCGCCUCUGCCUGACCAGCAAGACCAUCAGCUUCGUGAAGCUGAACUCCGAGGCAGCGGCUGUGGUGCUGCAGCUGAUGAACAUCAGACGCUGUGGACACUCAGAGAACUUCUUCUUCAUCGAGGUGGGGCGUUCCGCCGUAACAGGGCCCGGCGAGUUCUGGAUGCAAGUAGAUGACUCCGUGGUAGCCCAGAACAUGCAUGAGACCAUUCUAGAGGCCAUGCGGGCCAUGAGCGAUGAGUUUCGCCCGCGCAGCAAAAGCCAGUCUUCAUCCGGUUGCUCCAACCCCAUCAGUGUCCCCCUUCGCAGGCACCAUCUCAACAAUCCUCCACCCAGCCAGGUGGGGUUGACUCGCCGAUCUCGCACCGAGAGCAUCACUGCCACCUCCCCGGCCAGCAUGGUAGGUGGAAAACCAGGUUCCUUCCGGGUGCGUGCCUCCAGUGAUGGCGAGGGCACCAUGUCCCGUCCUGCAUCAGUGGAUGGCAGUCCGGUGAGCCCCAGCACCAACAGGACCCACGCCCAUCGGCAUAGAGGCAGCUCCAGGCUGCACCCCCCACUCAACCACAGCCGCUCCAUCCCUAUGCCUUCUUCCCGCUGCUCGCCUUCAGCCACCAGCCCAGUAAGUCUGUCAUCUAGUAGCACUAGUGGCCAUGGCUCCACCUCAGACUGUCUCUUCCCGAGGCGCUCUAGUGCUUCUGUGUCCGGUUCUCCUAGUGAUGGCGGUUUCAUCUCUUCUGAUGAGUAUGGUUCUAGUCCCUGCGACUUCCGAAGUUCCUUCCGCAGUGUCACCCCAGAUUCCUUGGGCCACACCCCACCAGCCAGGGGUGAGGAAGAGCUGAGCAACUAUAUCUGCAUGGGUGGCAAGGGAGCCUCCACCUUGGCUGCUCCCAAUGGUCACUACGUUUUGUCUAGGGGUGGCAAUGGCCAUCGCUACAUCCCAGGUGCUAGCUUGGGGACAAGCCCAGCGCUGACCGGGGAUGAAGCCGCCAGCGCAGCGGAUCUGGAUAACAGGUUUCGGAAGAGAACUCACUCUGCGGGCACGUCCCCUACCAUUUCUCACCAGAAGACCCCCUCGCAGUCUUCAGUGGCUUCUAUUGAGGAAUAUACGGAGAUGAUGCCCGCUGCCUACCAACCAGGAGGUGGCAGUGGAGGCCGACUGCCCAGCUACCGGCAUUCCGCCUUCGUGCCCACCCACUCCUAUCCCGAAGAGAGUCUAGAGAUGCACCCCUUGGAGCGUCGUGGGGGCCACCACCGUCCAGACACUGAUGAUGGCUACAUGCCCAUGUCUCCAGGGGUGGCUCCAGUGCCCAGCAACCGUAAAGGAAAUGGGGACUAUAUGCCCAUGAGCCCCAAAAGUGUGUCUGCCCCACAGCAGAUCAUUAACCCCAUCAGACGCCACCCUCAGAGAGUGGACCCCAAUGGCUACAUGAUGAUGUCUCCCAGUGGCAGUUGCUCCCCUGACAUUGGCGGUGGGUCCAGCAGCAGCAGCAGCAGCGCAGCCCCUUCUGGGAGCAGCUAUGGGAAGCCGUGGGCAAAUGGAGUAGGGGGGCACCAUCCUCAUGCCCUGCCUCAUUCCAAACCUCCUGCUGAGAGCGGUGGUGGCAAGCUCUUGCCUUGCACAAGCGACUACAUGAACAUGUCACCAGUGGGAGACUCCAACACCAGCAGCCCCUCAGAAUGCUACUACGGUCCAGAAGAUCCCCAGCACAAGCCAGUCCUUUCCUACUACUCAUUGCCAAGGUCUUUUAAGCACACCCAGCGCCCCGGGGAGCCGGAGGAGGGUGCCAGGCACCACCAGCAUCUUCGUCUCUCUUCCAGCUCUGGACGCCUUCUCUACACUACAACUGCGGAAGAUUCUUCCUCUUCGACCAGCAGUGACAGCCUGGGUGGGGGUUACUGUGGGGCUAGGCCAGAGUCUGGCCUCCCUCAUCCCCACCACCAUGUCUUGCAGCCCCAUCUGCCUCGAAAGGUAGACACGGCUGCGCAGACCAACAGCCGCCUGGCCCGGCCCACAAGGCUGUCCUUGGGGGAUCCCAAGGCAAGCACCUUACCGAGGGUAAGGGAGCAGCAGCAGCAGCAGCAGCAGCAACAGCAGCAACCUUCUCUGCACCCUCCGGAGCCCAAGAGCCCAGGGGAAUAUGUGAAUAUUGAAUUCGGGAGUGGCCAGCCUGGCUAUUUAGCUGGCCCCGCGACUUCCCAUAGCUCCCCUUCAGUCCGAUGUCCACCCCAGCUCCACCCAGCUCCCAGAGAAGAGACUGGCUCGGAAGAGUACAUGAACAUGGACUUGGGGCCAGGCCGGAGGGCAACCUGGCAGGAGAGUGGUGGGGUUGAGUUGGGCAGAGUAGGCCCUGCACCUCCAGGGGCUGCUACCAUUUGCAGGCCAACCCGGUCGGUGCCAAGUAGCCGCAGUGACUACAUGACCAUGCAGAUAGGUUGUCCUCGUCAAAGCUAUGUGGAUACCUCCUCAGUGGCCCCAGUCAACUAUGCUGACAUGCGGACAGGCAUUGCUGCAGAGAAGGUGAGCCUGCCCAGAACCGCAGGGGCCGCUCCCUCUUCAUCCUCCACAGCCUCUGCUUCUCCUGCUGCACCUCAAGGAGCAGCAGCUGAGCAGGCUGCUCCUUCUUCCCUGCUGGGAGGCCCUCAGGGACCUGGGGGCAUGAGUGCAUUCACCAGAGUGAACCUCAGCCCCAACCAUAACCAGAGUGCCAAAGUGAUUCGUGCAGACACUCAAGGGUGCCGGAGGAGACAUAGCUCUGAGACCUUCUCAGCACCUACUCAUGCUGGCAACACGGUGUCCUCGGGAGCAGGGGCUGCAGUAGGGGGCAGUGGUGGCGGCGGCGGCGGCAGCAGCAGCAGUGAGGAUGUAAAGCGCCACAGCUCGGCAUCAUUUGAGAACGUGUGGCUGAGACCUGGGGAUCUAGCGGGAGCCUCCAAGGAGACGGCUCCAGUGUCCGGGGCUGCUGGGGGUUUGGAGAAAAGUCUUAACUACAUAGACCUGGAUUUGGCCAAGGACGUUAGACAGCGCCCUCCCCGGGAGUGCCCUUCUCAACAGCAGCCCCUACCGCCCCCUCCCCCUCACCAGCCCUCAGGCAGCACGGAGGGCAGCUCCCCCAGACGAUCCAGUGAGGAUUUAAGUACUUAUGCCAGCAUCAGCUUCCAGAAACCGCCAGAGGACCGUCAAUAGCUCAACUGGACAUCACAGCAGAAUGAAGACCUAAAUGACCUCAGAAAAUCCUCCUUUAACUCAUGGGUACCCAGACUCAAACUAUUUCACAAUUCACAAGCAGGACCUCACGUCUUCCUCUUCAGUAGAUGGUACGAUGCAUCCAUUACAGUUUGUUUACUUUGUACAAUCCUCAGGAGUUCAUUGACGGAACUGCACGUUCCAUAUUGUGCCAAGCAACAAGAAAGCACUGUGACACUGGGACGAUGAGUCUGCGUAAACUUCGUCUUGAACCUUAAGGACUUAGCUGGCCACAAUGAGCUGGUGUGCCCACCAUCAUGCCGCAAGAGAAUGGGUUUAUUCUCGUCGCAUCUACAAUGUACGUUUCAUCGACUCUGAAAGCGUGUUCCAUGAAGCACCACUGUAAAUUAUUUCAUACGGAACUGUUCACAUUGGGUGGAGAGAGAUUAUUAAAUAUUUAACAUAGGUUUUGAUUUAUAUGUGUAAUUUUUUAAUGAAAAUGUAACUUUCCUUACAGCACAUCUUUUUUUGGAUGUGGAACUGAGGUAUUCAGUGUUCUGUUGUAAAGAGUGGAGCAAAUGCUUAAAAUGAGGCUAAAAAGAGUAGUCUAGGGUAUGAUCCUUGUUUUAAAAUUCUAAUUCAGAAAAAUAAUAUAAUAAGAAUCAUAGUGCCAUAGAAGGUUCUGUACUGGAUAGUUAUACUUGCUGAUACUGUCUCUUGUAAUAUAAACUUGAUGUUGAGAUGAGUUUCUUUUAAAAAUUAAUCUUAGGGGUUUUUUUGUUUUGGUUUGGUUUUUGUUUUUUGGGUUUUUUUUUGUGUUUUUUUUGUUUUUUGUUUUCUGUUUUUUUCAAAAUGGAAGGAGGAUGUAUUCUACUGGGGUGUUUUCAAUCGUCAGCUUUAGAGUUGGUAAUUGAAUGGAAGAGAAAUUGUAAGAAAAGGAAACCACAGGUUUUCAUUGUAUAUACUGUAGAGAGAAGGAGACAUGAGUGAUCCCUUCAAGUCAAAAGCUCUCUUAGGAAUGAAGAGUGUGGGUGUUUUUAAAUUCUGGAAAUGUCUUUCUGUUCAUAAUGAACUAGACACUGUUGAUCUCCCUCUCCCCACUCCUAUAAGCUUCCCCCCCACCCCCACUAUUUUUUCUGUGUAUACAUCAUGUUUCAUUUCAUACAUUGUCUUGAAAAGGCUGUUAGGACAAGUGUGUUCUUGCUAGCUGGAAAUUAAAAUUCCAGACUCACUCUUCCUUCCUUCCUUCCUUCCUUCCUUCCUUCCUUCCUUCCUUCCUCCCUCCCUCCUCCCUCCCUCCUCCUUCCCCCUUCCUCCCUCUCUCC